AUCUGCUCAGCUCGGCUCUGCUCUGCUAUGCUAUCCUGAAAUCUGCUCUGCUCUACUCUACUAAAAUUUAAUCUGCUCCGCUCUGCUGAUCCCUGCUUUACUCUGCUCUGCCCUACCCUGCCCAGAAGCUCAAAAGAACAGGGUCUUAGUCUAAUUAAUUACUAUACUAAACUUCAAACUAAACCCAAAAACUUUUAAGAAUGCAAAUGCUGUAGACUUUUGUCUCGUAUUUAAAGUGAGCAAACCCACAAUUAAAAAGACCAAGAAUAAUUAUUCUCCAAACACAACCCACGGAAAAUCUUCAAUUAGGCACUUCUCACGCACCCCUCUCUAAACACUUUUCAAUUAAACAAAACAAAAACAAUUGAAAGAAAUUGCGGAUCACACGCGACCUUGUCAGGGUAAUACAACUAGCCAUCUACUCACUCCUUCCUCUUCUAAUUUCUUCAAUUUUCGACGACUUUACUUCAUUUGUUCUUCUCUUUGAAUACGACUUUCAUUCCUUUUUAAUCCAAUCAACUACUUUCAAUUAAUCCCAUCUCAUCAAAUACACAUAAUAUUUCCAAAAACAGCAAUUAAUUUCAAUACCAAAUUCAAAAUGUUAGAGAAUGAAAUUAAUUCAACAACUAGACCAAUUUCCAAAUCCAACUUCUUAUUUACCAACUUCUUAACUCCUUUAUUUUCCAUUUUCCUAGAUUCUUUGAAGAUCAUCUUCUUACACAAUCCCAACCUCUAUUUAAUCCUCUACACUGUCACCACCCUCCCACUAGCCAUCCUCAUAACUUCCAACUCCGUCUCCGCCACGCCUCGCUUCCUUAAAUCCCACAUCGCCCGCCUUCAAUGGCUCGUCGAUGUGGUUCCUAUUUGGAUGGAAGCAGCCAAUAUUCAAGACGAGUCUCGAGCUGACUCGAAGAAGCUGCUUCGUCGUAAGCUCCUACACGGUGUUCCCAUUUUCCUGUUGUCUUUUAUUGCUUUGACUACUAUUGUUGUUUCGACCCAUGCUGCUCUACGCAGGAAAAAGAAAGUGACCCUCAGGACAGCGAUAUCUGCUCUCAGGGUCAGAUGGUCCCCACCCAUACUCACGUGCUUAUUUAACUUUAUCGCGUGGGUGGGGUGGGCCCAUUUGGAUCCCAUCGUAAAUAGAGUCGCCGUCGAGUACUGGUACUUGACGGCGGCCCAGGUGGCGGUCGAGGUGUACUUAAUGUCAGUGUUUGCAGUUGGGCUUGUCGUGUCCGUGGUAGAAGGCCGGGUCGGGUAUGAAGCGAUAUGGGUUGGGUGGGGUUUAAUGAAAGGAAGGCGGGUUUGUGGGUGGGUUUUGGCGGGCUUGAUACUUUCAAUUUCGGGUUUUAUAGGGAGGCAGAUGAUUGGGGUGAUUAACGGUGAAGAUUUGGCAAAUGAUAGCGGAGGGUACACGUGGACGGCGGAGAUGAGGUUUGGAUGUAUGGUAGGAUUGGUGGUUUUGUUAGGGUGGUUUGUGUUAUGGAGUUAUGUAAUAUUUGCGGUUUUAUAUUUUGAUUGUAGGAAAAGAAAUGUAAUUAAAGAAGAAGAACAAUUAGAUAUAAUUGAUGAUUAUGACUUUUAAUUUCUAUUUUUUUUUUUAAUAUAUCCAUUAUCUCUAGAUGUGAUAAAUGAUAAUGAUACUUUGCUUUAUUUAUAGCA